CUUGUGCGUCAGCUGGUUUCCUUCACUCUCCACCUCGUGCCAGAAGAGGCCGUCUGCAAAGCCCGCUGUUUAAGUGUGGAUCUCUACACUCCUCUGGUUUCUCUCUCUCCUGCCCCAUGUCUUGGAUACAGUAAUGAAGGUCAUCCUGGGCAUGGCAUGCACUCAGUUCUUCCUAAGCACCAUCCUGUGGGUGAUACCGCUCACUGGGUCCAUGGUGGUGCCAACCAACGGCACCAACUCUCCAGUCCCGAAGGCCAUUGGGGAAGCGGCGGACGCCGAGCUUAGUGACCCACUCAGCAUUAGCAUUCCACAAGGCCGACGGAAACGCUACAUUUCCUCCAGAGACAUGAGCUCAUUGUUGGAUUAUCACAAUCGCGUCCGUUCGCAAGUCUUCCCUCCAGCUGCCAAUAUGGAAUAUAUGGUGUGGGAUGAGAGACUGGCCAAGUCAGCAGAAUCCUGGGCCUCUCAGUGCGUAUGGGAACACGGCCCACCUCUGGCCAUGAAGUUCAUGGGUCAAAACCUGGCCAUCAGCUCUGGGAGAUACAGGUCCAUACUUGAACUUGUGAGGUCUUGGCAUGAUGAGAAACAUUCCUUCUCCUACCCGAGCCGCUGCAGCGGCUCUGUGUGUUCCCACUACACCCAGAUGGUGUGGGCCAGCACCAACCGAGUGGGGUGUGCCAUGAACAGGUGCUCAAACAUGAAUGUGUUUGGUAGUGUGUGGCGAAAGGCUGUCCUCCUCGUCUGCAACUAUUCAAUUAAAGGUAACUGGGUCGGAGAAGCUCCUUACAGGACGGGGCGACCGUGUUCGGCUUGCCCACCGAGUUAUGGAGGCACCUGCAGCAAUAAUCUCUGUGGCUCUGCUUUAAAGUCCAACAAGAUUACUUGGUUUUAGCGGUACGAUGUCAGUCUGUGUAAUUUCAUUUGGAGACUGCUCUGUUAACACGUGAACGAAGCUUGACUUCCAAUGAAACUGAUAUGAAGAUGAACCUGAAGGUGGUAUAAAUGUCUAGUUUUAUAUCUUGGCUUUAUCCUGUAUGUCCCUAAGAAUUUGCGUUGCAGUACCACUAUUUAUUCAUGGGUGCUUUGUUUUAUUCGCAUUAUUAUUUAAUGACUGUUAUCUGGCGCCGCCUGCUGGAUGUGGUGAUUAUUUUCUUUGAUUUUUACUACGUUCAGUGAAAGUCCUGGCCUUAUCGUUUUCACAAACGUCUGAUAGAGCGGAAUAAUAAGGGCAUAUUCUGUGUGGUACAACCAAGUUUUCAGUGGAACAGACUACCGAGAAAAAUCACCCAUUGGACUAGCUUGCUAGAUACUAUUAUCAGAAAACAAAACAACUAAUACAUUUAAAUAAGAGGGAAUCAAGAGUUGAAAUCACUGUUGAGGGAAAAAUUUUGUUGUUUUUUUUUCGUGCAGUUCAUUAUAAGGUAAAUAUAUAAGCUUAGUUUAAAUUGUCAGACUGCUCAUACUCAUGCCUGAUAAUUUAUACUGUAGUAUUGCUAUAUUUUUUGUUCAAACGACAUAAUGAAUAUUAAUUUCUUUUCUUCAAAGUCUGUUCAAGAACAACAUUGCAAGUGUUGCUUCCUUUUUGAUAUAUUGCACUUUUCAGUAAAAACCUUUAGAUGUGUGUCUCUGAUGUUGCAAAUGCAGGCUCCUACGCCGAGGACAGACUGUGGGAUUUGUUAAGUCCUUCUGUCUUAUUUGACCUGCUCAGUAAGUAGCCUCUCAACUAAUAAAGACAUGAGAACAAAAGAUACUGUUCUUGCUGCCGGACCUGUCUACAUUUCUAAAUGGACAGGUGCAAUGAACUCUGACUGUUUUAACCUCUCAAGGAUGUUUCCUCACCAUCUUCAUCUUGAUUCAUGUUUACUUAAUUGGUUUCAUUGGAUAUUUUUCCAUGACCCUGGUUGAGUAAAGAAAGUGACAUCGAAUAAAAUACCAGCUGUGAAGUUUUCCAGAGGUGACCUAGUUGCGGAGAGUGAAACACGCACGGUUGAGUGUUGUUCAGAGUAGCGGUAUUGGAUGGUCAUCGCACACUGAAGGUGUGGUCUCCUCCCAAGGUUCAAGCUCCUCUCGCUCUCAUUUUGCAUGUGCAGUGUCAAUGGGGGUGGGGCUCAGCAGGUACAUUUAUGACUGAUUGUAUUGAUCGUUGUCCAUUGUGGAUGAAAGAAGAAGCUCAAUAAAAAUCAGGAGAAAAUAGAAGAAGAAAAACAGGUAGGGAAGUACUCAGUUAUCUGAUAAAUGCGUACAGACUGAUUUCUUUGAUUCGUGUUCAGGUCGGGUUAUGCAUGCUAGCGAGGUGGAGAAAUCAUUAAUAAAUAUCAUACUAAAUAUCAGUUUUCACAACGAGCAGUUGGAAUAUAAGCAGAAGGUGACAUAUGAUGAACAAAUGUGAUUAUAAGCAGUACCUGUUUUUUUUUUUUUUUAAAUAAUGAUUGUGGAUACUUUUUGCAUGUGAUAUUUUCAUUCUAAUUUUUACUACCUUUUAUCACUAGACACUCAUACUUGCGUUUCUUCAGGCAUAUUCAGAAAUCAUACAAGGUUUGUUAAAACAUUUUACACAGUGUAGAAUUAAAAUCUUUACCAAUUCUCCAAAUCUGUAAGAUCAGGUUCUUCCAAAGAAAAUGUUUACUUUCUAAGAAGGCGGGUGAACUGGUCCACUGUC